UUGGUUUUAAUUUCAGUGAAUCCACACGGAUUAGCAGUCAGCAUGAUUGACUGUUCACAAAUUAACUCUGAAAUAACCAUGCUCAAGUUAAAUUUAGAAGCGCAUCAUGAUGUUGUUGUUGAUGUUAAUUUGUAAAGCCGGGUCCUGCUUUACGUUGGAAUAACGUAUGACAGAUGUCAGUCUUAUCCUAUCUAACAAAUUGGCAUUGCUUUCGACCAGUGAGAAGUAUACAACCGUAGCUACAUAUUUAUGCCACUGGGAUGGUUAGUACUAAACCUGACUACCCUGAAAGUGUGAAAUGCGGCUUAUUUUGAUAUGCUGUGUGCAAUAGGGUGAGGAAAAAAAAUUAUAUUGUUUCUUCUCUUGCACUAGCCCAGUUGGGUGGCUGCCUAUCUGCCUCACGCAGGAAAUUUCACAACCUUUACCUCAGGCACCUCUUCUUACAGUUGGUGUUUACAGAUUCCCUAAGGUAUUUUUUCGUUGGGAAUUCAUUUUUUUUUUUCGUUUUUGACUCUUUUUUUGUUUUUGUUAUUUAAGAAUAAGGAAACUGUAGUCAUUGGAUCUUGUUGUCAACAAUUUAUCUUUCAAUGAGCCAGCAUGUGUCUUGCCUGAGGUUCGAACAUGAAACAAGGCAGACAUCAGUUGCACUUCUCGAUUCAAACUUCUCAACAGCUGGAUUGUUGUGAAAAAAGGGUUUACUGGUGCGUGUUUUGACGUCUUUUAAAAGUGGAUUGUGGAAUCACUGGAUACCAAACAUUAGGAUGGACUUUAGUUAUAAAGAAAACAUGUGGCUCUUAAAUACAAUACAAGUAUCGGACAUGGCAGGUUAUCCAGACAUGGGGCUGGUCAUAGUUCCAGUUCUCACUCAAUGAAGACACCAUAGAGAGCAAUGGGAACCAGACAAGUGGAGAGUCAGGUGUGGACUGAGAGUCAACCUGUGUCGGGCAGUGAGUCCCAGGACUCCAUGAAAGCUCUGGGAGGAGAGUUCACUGUGUCAAAUUACUCCAGCUCAUGUGAGGAUGGACUAUCUCCAUCCCAAGAGGACACACCCAGUCUGUCUAUGUCUGAGUUCUCAUCACACAGUAACAGCGCUACUGUGCCUCUCAUUACUGCUGCCGCCUGCUCUCCAUUACCAGUGUGUCCCCAGCCAAACACUCUCCCGCCUGACAAAGCCAGUGGGUAUGGGGGCAAAGGUGUGCAUAAAAGAAAAGCCCACAGAGACACAAGGCCGUGGUUUGUGAGGCAUUUGUCGACCUGGAGGCAGCACAUCCCGUCCAGCUUUAAGAAGGAGUGUAAACUGGUUGUUGACAUAGCAUGGCCUGUUGUUGUUACGCAGUUUUUGCAAUUCACUCUUCAGUUGACAAGUGCUGUAUUUUGUGGACAUCUGGGUGAAAUUUACCUAGAUGCUAUUGCUUUGGGAAACUUGGUUGUGAACACCUGUGGUACAUCUGUGCUGAUUGGAUUAGGCUGUGCAUGUGAUACGCUGUUUGCUCAGACUUUUGGUAGUGCUAACAAGAAGAAAAUGGGCCUAGUCCUGCAGAGAGGUUUACUGAUCUUACUGCUGAGUUGCCUCCCCUGCUGGGCUCUCCUCAUUAACACUGAGAACCUACUGUCAAGGACUGGUCAGGAUAAACACAUAGCCAGGUUAGCGGGUCAGUUUGCUAUGGUCUCCAUCCCAGUAUUACCUGGAGAAGCCAUCCAUCUUGUCCUUACCAAGUACCUGCAUUCUCAGAGUAUUGUUGUGCCAAGUAUGGUGAUUUUCUUUGUGGUGAACUUGGCCAAUUUUGGGCUUCAUGCUGUCCUUAUUUUUGGACUUGGUCUUGGUGUUGUAGGGGCUGCCAUCUCUGUCUCUCUCUCCCACUGGCUUGUCUGCAUUCUGCAUGUCAUAUUUAUCAAACUGAGUCGAGUCUAUAAAUCAACCUGGGACGGCUGGAAGGUUGGGUGCUUCCACAACUGGUGGGAUUUCCUCAAGCUAGCUCUCCCUGGCCUCUUCAUGGUCUGCCUACAGUGGUGGUGCUUUGAGAUCUUUACAGUGCUAGCAGGUUUGUUGGGUCCAGAAGAGCUAGCUGCCCAUUCCAUAGUCUAUCAGUUGGGGGCCUUCCUUUACAUGGUUCCCCUAGGGGUGAGUGUAUCUGUGUGUAUCCGUGUGGGGAACUGUCUAGGGGCUGGAAACCCCACAGCAGCCAUCAAUACUGCCAAGGCGGCCAUGGGAUUAGUGGUGGCCUGGAGCAUUGUUAUGGCUGCUCUUUUCUUGGUGAUAAAGGAUUACUGCUCAUAUGCCUUCACCAAUGACAGGUGGGUGGGGGAAGUGGCCUCCAGUCUGGUGCCAAUCAUGUGCUUGCUGCAGAUAGGGGAUGCCAUACAGUGUGUGGGUGCUGGUGUGGUGUUGGGUUGUGGGAAUCAGCGUCUGGGCGCAGCCAUCAACCUUGUUUCCUACUACUGUCUCGCUACUCCUCUGGCCUCCAUUCUCAUGUUUAAAACCUCUCUCAGGAUUGUAGGGGCAUGGUGGGGCCUGGCCUUGUGUACAACUUGUCAGGCUAUAGCCUUCAGCCUAGUCCUGCUCAAGACAGAUUGGCAGAAGACAACCAUACAGGUUCAGAUACAUACUGGUGUCAAGAACAUGUGUCUCACAAACCAUGAUGAUCCAGGUAGUGUGAUAUUUUAUCCUAUGAUUGAAUCAGUUGACCCUGGGCUCACUAUUACAGUGGGUCGUGGGUUCCCCUCUGGCCCUGCUCGAUUCCUCCCACCAUAAUGCUGGCA